GACGGUGAGAACGGCUGUGGGAACAAUUGAGAUGCAGCACCGUACCAAAACUGCACGGCAUAUACCUGUGAUGUUAUGCAGUUCACCUGUCAAAAUGGCCAUUGCAUUCCGUCCUAUUGGCAGUGCGAUAACUACGAUGACUGUGGAGACAACAGCGAUGAGCAAGGCUGCCCAUCUUCAACAAUACGGACUUUUAGAUUUGCACAAAGACAAUGCGGAUUGCUACGAUGGACGACAUCCGAUCCGUUAAACUGCAACGAUGGAGACUUCCAUUGUUAUACCUCGGAUCUCUGUAUACCGUAUAAUUGGAAGUGUGACGGAUAUAGAGACUGCGAAGAUGGCUCAGAUGAAUACGAUUGUAUUAGUAAUGCCACUUCCAAGAUCUACCCUAACACAUGUGAUUGGGACAGCUUUGUAUGCGACAAUGGGCAGUACAUACCGAAGAAUUGGGAAUGUGAUUUCUACGAAGAUUGCUCUGAUGGUAGUGACGAACAUUACUCAUCUUCCACGCUGAUGCCGUACACUACUCAGGAUCCUGGUUGCAGGUUCCUGCGGGUGCCUUGUGGACCAGGGGCCACGCCCCGCUGUGUCUGGCAGUGGUUUGUUUGCGACGGCGAGGCUGACUGCUCAAACAGGAGCGACGAGGCACAUUGCGGAACUGAAGAGCCUGGAUGGCCAACCACCAACAUUCCUGUCCCGACGACCAUCUCCCAUUGUCUUAACGGUGACUUUAAAUGCAGGAAUGGUCAGAAGUGCAUACCCAGAUCAGAGCAAUGCAACAGUUACUACGACUGUUCCGAUCUCAGUGAUGGAGAUGGAUGUCAACAUGUGUUCACAACUCAAACGCCAACCAUCUGCGGGAUGGGUCAGUUCUUCGGUCCAUAAUCCGGAUAUUGUAUCGACCAACUUUACACUUUGGAGACGACGGGCUUCUACAGAAGCCGAGCGAGUUGUUAAGUCUGUGACGACGGGCUUCUACAGAAGCCGAGAUAUAUCCCUAAUAUGUUGACAAAGUUUUCCAGCUUAUUAUUAGCUAUUA